GAAACCUCACAGCUAACUUCCCAUAGACUUCACACACUUAAUACUCGGCAUUGUGAUGAUCACAGAAGCCAAGGCCUCCUAAAAGAAGACAGCUCACAUUUGCCUGCCUGCUCCCAGCUUUUUAUCUUUCUCUUGACCACUCAGAACUUCAGUCUUCCUGCUAUUGCCUUCCAGCAUCAUGGAGAAAGUCCAAUACCUCACUCGUUCUGCUAUCAGGAGAGCCUCAACUAUUGAAAUGCCUCAGCAAGCACGGCAAAAUCUCCAGAAUCUUUUUAUCAAUUUUUGUCUCAUCUUGAUCUGUCUCCUGCUGAUCUGCAUCAUUGUGAUGCUUCUAUGAAGUGUGGCUGCCACCUCCAGAUCUGUGACAUGCCAGCUCAGCUUCAAACCUAGAACCUCCUCAUGGGGGGAAAUACAGCCUGCUCCCUGCCUAGAAUGUCUUUGUGAAGGUCAAGAUGAGGGGUGAAACUAACCUUUAGCCAAUGUAUUCAUCUGGAUCUUGUAAACAAACUUUACAAUGACUAAGUGUGCAUAAUGAAGCUGCCGA